CCGGCGCGGAGGCCGGCUGGGCGCGGCGGCGCGCAUGCGCGGGAGGCGGGGACGCCGGAAGCGGCGGUGGGAGCCGAGCGGGGGGGACGCGGCUGCUCGGCGGCGGCGGGCCGCGGCGCGACGCGACGCGCGACGGCCUCCUCCCUCCCUUCUUUCCCUCCUCUCGCCUGGUCCGGUCCCGUCCAGCCCGCCAUGAGCUGUCGGCAGCCGCUGCCGAGCGAGCGCGGAGCGAGGCAGAGACUCACUUUUAGAAAACAAAAUAGAAGGUAAAUCCAGUGGACUGCUAGUAUUUUUUUUCCCUCUUUUCUACCACAAUUUCCCUCAGGAAGAGGAGGCGGAAUGGUAACGAAGAUGACAGUCACAUUCCCCAGACAAAGCGUAGUACCAGAAAUACUGUCCUUCAGGACUCUUGGGACACUGAGGUUAAACACCUCUUCGUGUGUAGAGUAGUUAAUGGCUAAACAAGCUUUAUGGCGGGAGGAGGAAGAAUUUAGUAUGGAACAAGGGAUUGAAGUAGGAGUAAUGAAAUUAAGAAUAUCAGGAAAAACCUUAAUGAAGGUGGCUGUAACGAAAAACAGUAAGGAACACAGACUAAAAGGAAACAGAGUGUCCUGUGCGUCCUCCAGCAGUGAUAGCGGCAGCAGCAGCAGCAGUUGUAGUAGCAGUAGCAUCAACAGCCCUGACAGAGCAAGUGGUCCAGAAACCAGCUUAAACCAGAUAAUUGCAGGAUCCAGUCCUGUCACCUCUCAGUCCUUCCAUGAGCAAUCUGCACUAAGUCAAGGUCCUUACUUCCACAUCAACCAGAUCCUGAAGGAGGCACACUUUCACAGCUUACAGAAUCGGGGACGCCCUCCUACAUGAUGAACCGGCAGUUCCUUGCCUUCUGUGAAGGGACAGCACUGUGUAGAUUUGAUAUUUCAACUUAAAGUUUGUUAAAAUGGAAUUGCACAAAACGCCUGUUGCCUUUUCAGUCUAUAUUUGAAAUAACAGGUUAACAGGAAAUUGUUUACUUGUGGUUUGCUGCACUAUUGCAAUGCAAAAGGGGCUUUGAAGCAAUUUUUAUAGGAUUCUUUUUGGGGUGGUUAUAAAGUACAUGUCAAGGUGAGACUGAGGAAUCCACAUCUGUAUUAUAGGAUUGCAUAAUGAGUCCAAUUCCAAUUGACUGCCUAAUCUGUUUGUUAGCAGUUCGUUGCUUUAUGUAAAGUUCUUUCAAACAUUCAUCUUCAGUUUUAUAAGUCUUUUUUUAAUUUCAAUAAAAUAGUAAAAAAAUUCUUUGGCAAAAUUUUUUUAAAGGCAUGAUGCUAGUUAACUGAUCUUUUAGAGUUAAGACGCUGAGAAUAUCUGCUGUUACUGGAAUCCUUUAGGACUACUCCAGCUGCAACUUUCCACCCAGCUUAGUGUGUGAUGAGCCUUACUUACCUUGCUUGAUCUUUACUGCUGCAGUAUUCAAAAGAAAAUGUGAAACUAGAACCAGGAAAGCUUAGGCAGCUGUAGGCAAAAUAUCAGGUGCCCAUUGGGGUCCUUUAGAUAGCAAAGGAUAGAGUAGCCUGGAGAGGGCUUUUGAACAGGGAGAAAGUAGACCUGUGUAGCUCAGACACCAGUUUCUAAUUGUGAAAUGUUUUGUUUUCUAUUAAAUUGUGUUCUACUGUUCUUAAACACAAAUUUAAGGUUAACAACUCCUAAGGAAUGGGAAGUGAAAGAGUAGCUAGACUUCUGUUUCAGUAGCCAGAUUGCAAAGACCAUCCUGACUGAUGUGAUUUAAGUAGCAAACUAUGAUCUUGCUAAGGAUGGAAAAGUAAUCCUCUUCUGAUAGUAACAGUAGAGGUGUUACCACACCCUGCUGAGAGGAGAGCGUGAGGAUGAAUAUAUAGACAGAUGUGUGGGUUUUGUUCUUUUUUUAUUAUUUUUUUAAUUGAAUCACUUGGUCAUGCCUGAAAGCCAUCCCAGCUUGAAGAGAGAAGGUGCAGCUGUGUCUUCCUCCUCGGUUACAAGCUGCCUGAACAAAGAGCCAGGGCGGAAUGUCUCAUCUUCUGUUCUUGUGAGUGCAGGAGGUGGAACCUGUAUUUUUAUUUUUUAGAGAGAGAGAGUCAGUAGCUAUUACAGCAUACCUUUGGAUUUUUUCCAUGUCCUCACUUACAGUAGCUGCAAGGAGGCAUGGACUACAGCAGAACAGCUGUUCUCAGGCACAUUGAGCCUGACCUAAGUUGUGUUACUGCUGCAGUAGGUGGUUAGUGACAGGCAGGACAGCGGCAGUUCUGAGUGGUACAAGCACAGCUUCUUGCUGUUGUUAGCAACAGUUAACUUCUCAGAUGUCAUUCACUGCUCAAAAACAAUCAUUCUGUAGUGCAGGAGGGAAGGGGCUGUUGCUCUCAAUGCAAGGGGGAAGAACAGAACGCUAAAAGUACAACUCUAGCCUUGCCUAGAGAGCUGUUCUUAAGUAACUGUGGACUUUAACCUUUCCAGAACCUUUUUAGCAUAAAAGAAGUAAGCAUCUGUCAGCAAUUCAGAGAAGUGGGGCCAGUGCAGAAUAUAUGUAUCACCACAGCCUUUGCUACUGCUACAACAGGAAAGGGGAGCGGUAGGAGUGAGACGGACAUCACUACACACUUCUACAGUCUACUACGCCUGAGGUGUAAGAGGUAAAGAAUACCUUCAUUUUAAAGCUUCAGGCUUUUAUACAACCUUUAUACAAUGUCUAGAUCUUAAUGCUUCUGAAUAAUGGAGAACAAGAGUUGCAGAGUAAAAGUUAGCAUCUCAGGUAACAUUCUUUGCUCUGAUAAAAUCAGACCUUUACUCUUCUGUCCUAGUUGAAAGGACAUCACCAUAGAUGGAUAUUGGGUUAAUAAUGGCUGAAGGAAACAGAUUGCUAAAUACUGUUUCCUGUAACAGUGAGGUAUUCCUUGGCUCUCUGUCCUCGGCAUGGGGAGCUCCAUCUAAACGGAUAUUUCAAACUGUGGGAAACACGCAGCAACGUGAUAGUUGUCUGCUAAUAAAAGUCAAACACUGGACAACACAAAGCGUUUGCAGGAGGAGCAAGCCACUCAAUUCACACAGGCUUAAAUACCCAAGCCAGACUUCAUCAGGAGUUAAAGGUCAGCAUCAUACUGGAAGGGAGUUCAAAUAAUUAGACAGUAUUUUCAACAUUUCUUGCAGCCAUCCUUAAAUGAACCAAGUCUUUUAUGCACUGAUCUCAAAAUGCCUCCUCUGUAUAAGUUUUCACUGCAUUUUCAUGGUGGUUAUUGCCUAUGUUUUAUUGCAGAGCAGUGUGCCAAAAAAAAUCCAGGCACCAUCAGUUUUCUUUUUUUUUUUUUGAGGGGCAAGGGGAAAUCCAAACCGUCUCAUGCUGUGUUGCCAUAAUGGUUCUCUCAUUUUACAGAAAAUAAAAAACAGGUUAAAUAUUA